UUCCUCCCUCUCUCCUCAGAGCGACAGGCUUUUGGUCAAAGGCGGGAGGAUCGUGAACGAUGACCAGUCCUUCCAUGCCGACAUCUACAUGGAGGAUGGCGUCAUUAAGCAGAUCGGAGACAACCUGAUUGUUCCCGGUGGAGUGAAGACCAUCGAGGCCAACGGGAAGAUGGUGAUCCCCGGCGGCAUCGACAUCCACACCCACUUCCAGAUGCCGUACCGUGGAACCACCACCGUGGACGACUUCGCUCAGGGAUCAAAGGCUGCUCUCGCCGGGGGCACGACCAUGACGGUCGACCACGUGAUCCCUGACCCUGGCAGCAGCCUGAUGGAGGCCUACGACCAGUGGAGGCAGUGGGCGGACGAGAAGUCCUGCUGUGAUUACUCCCUCCACAUGGACAUCACCCACUGGAACGACAGCGUGAAGCAGGAAGUGGACACCCUCAUCAAGGAGAAAGGUGUGAACUCGUUCCAGGUCUACAUGGCUUACAAGGACUACUACCAGAUGAGCAACAGUGAGCUCUACGAGAUCUUCACUUUCCUGGCAGAGCGGGGAGGCAUCGCUCAGGUCCACGCUGAGAACGGAGAGAUCAUUGCUGAGGAGCAGGGCCGCAUGCUGCAGAUGGGCAUCACUGGACCAGAGGGACACGUGCUGAGCAGACCAGAAGAGCUGGAGGCCGAGGCCGUGUUCCGUGCCAUCACCAUCGCCAGCCAAACCAACUGCCCUCUCUACGUGACCCGGGUCAUGAGCAAGAGCGCCGCUGACAUCAUCUCACAGGCCCGGAAAAGAGGAAACGUUGUGUUUGGGGAGCCAAUCACAGCCAGCCUGGGGACUGAUGGGACGCAUUACUGGAGCAAGAACUGGGCUAAGGCGGCUUCUUUUGUAACAUCACCUCCUCUCAGCCCUGAUCCAACCACCCCAGACUAUCUGAACACACUGCUGUCCAGUGGAGACCUGAGUGUGACCGGCAGCGCUCACUGUACCUUCAGCGUGGCGCAGAAAGCCAUCGGCAAGGACGACUUCACUCAGAUCCCUGAAGGGGUCAACGGGGUCGAGGAGAGGAUGACUCUGAUCUGGGACAAAGCUGUGACCACAGGUAAGAUGGACGAGAACAUGUUCGUCGCCGUCACCAGCACCAACGCGGCAAAGAUCCUGAACCUGUACCCUCGCAAGGGCCGGAUCGCCGUGAGCUCCGAUGCUGACCUGGUCAUCUGGGACACAGACUCCAUCCGCACCAUCACUGCUAAGACGCACAACUCGGCUGCUGAGUACAACAUCUUCGAGGGCAUGGAGCUGCGUGGAGCCCCUCAGCUGGUGAUCUGUCAGGGGAAGGUCGUGGUGGAAGAUGGAGACCUGCACAUCACCUCCGGCGUGGGUCGCUUCAUUCCCUGCACUCCCUACCCUGACUUCGCCUACAAGAGGGUGAAAGCCAGGAAGCAGCUGGCCGUCCUGAGGGCAGUACCCAGGGGAAUGUACGAUGGACCCGUCUCUGAGUUCUCCAUGUCUCGCGGUGGCACCCCCUCCGCCUCAGCGCGCACCUCUCCCACCAAACAGCCCGUCAGAAACCUGCACCACCAGUCUGGAUUUAGUCUAGCAGGUCCCCCCACCCCUGAUGACAUCCCCAUCAGGCCUGCUGGCCGGCGUAUCGUAGUGCCCCCUGGUGGCCGAUCCAACAUCACAUCCCUCAGUUAAACAGCAGCUGGACGCAGAGGAGGAGGAGGAGGAGGAGGAGGAGGAGGAGAGUGGCGUGCAUCCAGACAAGGACUGCAGCCAGAGUGCAGGAUUAACAGAGGGAGGGGGGAGGGAGGGAGGGAGGGAGGAGGAGAUGCAUAGGACCAUGAUUAGUUAAAAGUUAAAAGAGCAAAACACUGAAUCCUCAUGCCUUACCUGUCACAGCGCUACAGUGCUCGGUUGAGAACAGUAUCCCUUUUCCUCGGGAACAUGUGGUCUUGAAUUGGUACUAACGCUACCAUGAGAGCACUUUACACUUGAACCAGUCGUAGUCUCACUUUUUAUCAGUCUAGUGAACACCAAAAAUGCAGUUAAAACACUUUCACUUGGUGCUUUGAUAAUGGAAAUAAAGCAGUUAAACUCAUAUCAUCACAUUGAACCAGAAAAAAACUAAAAGUCUCCUCACAGGAAAACAGAUACUUCUUCUCAGACUGUCGCUACGCUUCUUUCAUCCCGGUCUGCUUUCAAACGUCACCCAACAUUUCAGUCGCCUACUUCUUUCUCCCGUAGUCAGUGGAACACUAACACCAGACCCCCGCAUUAGCCAUGUAAUGUCAUGCAGUACCAUUGGUUAGCUCUAGGUGGCAUUGUAUGUUCGGUAAAUGUAUCGUAGCUUUGUGAAUGAUGUUGUUGCAGCCUGUUCGGGUUAACUGGACCAAGUUAAAGGUAUUUCUCGGCUCUCAUGGGGAGACGUGCGUUGGGAUGUGGAGCUGCAUGGGCCGCAGUAACACAGGCGACGUGAUCCACGAUCCUGCAGCACCCCUGUCCUCUGAGGACCUCGAUAAAUACCGUCACUUUGAUGUAUUGAUUGAAUAAUUAUUGUUGUUCAAAACUAGAAAGGCUUUUUGAUUUUUCUUUAUCCCUUAAAGGUUUUAUUUUCUGCAUCCAUCACGGCUCUAAAAAGAAGAACAUUUUAAGAAAUGUCCUUUGCAUUUGCUUCUAGCUUCUUGCAUCUUGAAAUGUCAUCACGAGAAGGGAACAAAGAUUAAAAACACAGGACAUAUUAAAAGAUUGUCUCUUGUAAUUCACUCAGAGCUUUGCAGUCGAGGAAACAAAAAAAACGAGAAAAAACAGCUGCAAUGAAAUGAAAAGUAAGAAAAACCUGCGUUCAGAUAACAGAACUUUACCUUCAGCUUUACUUUUUCAUUGCAAACAAACUGGGCUCUUAUUUUGUAGGACUAAGGAUCAGCAUUAUUGCGUUGUCAUUCCAACACAGCCGUACGACCGCUACCAAUUCAAGGUCAGCCUGAAAUAACUUCAGGCCCAGUUCGGUUCUCCAACAUCACUCUGGAUCUGAACGUGUUGGAGCUCUUUUUUACGUCUCUGCUGUUUUCCCGUAAGGCAGAGGAUUGAGGUGCAGGAAGGGAAGCUUUGUUUGUCGCUGUCCCGCUGUGGGGGAGGGAGGGAAGGAGAUGGCUUUCUUUUUUAUUUGGCAUCGGUGUGGACGGCAGGCACAAGCGGUGGUUUGUUGUAUUUAUGUUAGUUUGACAACCUUUGUUAUUGAUUUUUUUUGUUGUUUCUUUUUUACUGUUGUAUCAAAACCCAGAGAUGGCAGGUCAAAAAUAAGGUGUGUUGUGGAGGUAUGAUUUGUUUCCUGAAUAAACAUGAGUUGCAACUGA